AUGACUAUUAGUGCCAAAAGUAGAAUUAAACAAUGUGAUCCAUUCUGCACAAGAAAACCACUUGAAGAUAAAACAGCAACUUUAAAGGAUAAACCGGUAAAAGCUAAAAAAUCCAAUUCAGUUCCAAAAUCAUUAAAAACCUUUAUGGAAGGUGUUCAAUUAGUUAAACAAAUUGAUGAAAAAAGAAAACAAAGAACAAUUAUUGAAAAAAAACAACAAGAUGAAAAAAAAAAAUUACAAGAAGAAAUUAAAAAUAAUAAUACAACCACUACAACCACUACAACCACUACUGCUACCACCACAACUAAUACAUCUACUACAACACCAAAAAUAAAUAAUAAUAAUAAUAAAAGAUUAAAUAAAAAACAAUUAAAACAACAACAAAAAGAAAAACAAGUUAUAGUUACAGAUUUAAAAGAUGAUAUAAAGAAAUUGAAUUCAUUAUAUUAUAGACAAUCAAGAGAGGAUGUACCAGAGGGUGUAAAAGAGGAAGAAGAGAUUGAGAAUACAAAUUUAAAGAAAUAUAAAGGUGAAUUGCAUUCAGAUUAUUUAGAUAGAAUUAAUAAAGAGAUUGCAAAGAAAAUGAAAAAGUCUACAUCAACCUACCAAAAAAGAAAAGAAUUUUUUGAUGAAAAGAAAUUAAAAGAGAAAUUAAAGAAACAAGGUGUAAAAUAUUCAGAUUAUUUAGAGAAAGAAAAAAGAGAGGAAGAGAAAAGAAAAGAGCAAGAAGAGGGGGGAUCAGAGUCCACUGAAAAUGGGAAGAAGAAGAGAAAACGUAACGUAGAUGAUUUCGAUGAGUUGAAAGAUAACAUCAGAUUCGGUGAACAAAUUGAAAGACCACCAUCACAAUUACCAACUCUCAAAAAUUUUACAAAUAAAAAAGUUAUGCAAAAUACUGAUUCCUCAAAGAGAGAUUACUUAUGGCAACAAACCAACCAAGGUAGCACUACCAAUAAUGAAAAUUUAAUCUCUUCAAAGAAAUUGGAAGAAGAGAAACAAAAGAAAAAAAAUGAAAAAAAACUUAAAAAACAAAAGAUCACCAAUGAAGCUGAUGCUGAACAAGAAGCAUUAAAAAGAAAUUUAGAAGCUCUCAAACAAAAAACAAUUGAACAUUAUAAUCAAACUAAAAAGAGAAGACAAUUACAAAAUAAAAAAGAAAUAAAAGAAAAUAAAGAAUCUGAAAAUCCUCAAACUUUAAAAAGAAAAUUUUAUCUUUAA